AUGCAAAUCAUUUUUAAAGAUUUCAAGAAAAAUACUAUACCAAUUGAGGUUGAAUUAUCAGAUACUGUAUUAUCAGCUAAAGAAAAAUUAAGUAAAGAAAAAGAUUGUGAGCCAUCACAAAUUAAAUUAGUUUAUUCAGGAAAAGUAUUACAAGAUGAUAAAAAAUUAGAAGAAUUUAAAAUUAAAGAAGGAGCUUCAAUAAUAUAUAUGAUUUCUCAAUCAAAAAAAUCUUCUACACCAAUUUCAAAUUCUGAAACCCCUUCAAAUACUACUCCACAACCAAGUUCAUCAACAACAACAACCGAAAAUAAACCAGCUAUUGAAGAAACCAAGACAGAAUCUACUUCAUCAACUAAUACAAAUGCUACUCCUUCAACAAAUCAAGAUCUUACAUCUACAUCUACAUCAUCAGAACAACCAACUAAUGCAUCAAAUGAAUCAACAUUUGCAGUUGGAAGUGAAAGAGAAGCAACAAUAACAAAUAUAAUGGAAAUGGGUUAUGAAAGACCACAAGUUGAAGCUGCUUUAAGAGCUGCUUUUAAUAAUCCUCAUAGAGCUGUUGAAUAUUUAAUAACUGGAAUUCCUGAAUCUUUACAACGUCCUGAACCACCAAUUGCUUCAACUAGAUCUACAAGUGGUGCAAAUACUACAGGUCCUUUAGCUGAAUCAACUACUGGUGAUAUAUCUCAACAAAAUACAACUCAAGGAGAAGGAGAAGAUGAAGAUGAUGAUAUGGAUGAUAGUAAUACUGGAGAAAAUUUAUUUGAACAAGCAGCAGCAGCAGCAGCUCAAGAAGGUAGAGGUGGAAGUGGUGGUGCAACAGGUUCAGGAGGAAAUACAAGUGGAGGAUUAUCACAUCAAAGUGGUGGAUCAGCAUUAGGAGGAGAUGAUCAACAAAUGCAAUUAUUAAGAGCAGCAUUACAAUCAAAUCCAGAAUUAAUUCAACCAUUAUUAGAACAAUUAGCUGCAACAAAUCCACAAAUUGCAAAUUUAAUACAGGAAGAUCCUGAUGCUUUUAUUAGAACAAUUUUAGGAGCUUCAGGAGAUGAUUUAGGCUUUGAAAUUGAAGGUGAAGAAGGUCAACAUGAUUUAGCUCAAGGUGGUGGUGGUGGUGAAGGUUCUGAUCCAGAAGGAACUAUAAGAAUAGCAUUAUCUGAACAAGAUCAAAAUGCUAUAGAUAGAUUAUGUGAAUUAGGAUUUGAAAGAGAUUUAGUUAUACAAGUUUACCUAGCUUGUGAUAAAAAUGAAGAAGUUACUGCUGAUAUAUUAUUUAGGGAUAAUAUGUAA